AUGUUUAAAGUAUUCAUUGUAUUAAUAUUUAUUUUAAUUUCCACUGUUGUUCAUUCAUAUGAAAUAUCAAAAGUCACUCAAAAUGGUAAGACCCAGUCUAUCACUUUUGAACCAACUUCAAUGAUCUGGAUGCAAAAUCAAAUUCAAUACCAAGGAAUGUCAACUGAUAUUCAACCAUUUUGUUCACAAGGAGCUUCACCUAUGAUUUGUAAUCUCCCCGCUAUCCCUCAAUGUGAUACAAUUAAAUUAAGAGGUACUGUAGCAAUUGGAACUACAAACUUGAAUUUUAUUAGAUCAUUUAAUUGUACUGUAGCAGCUUAA